UUUUCUCUUACUUCAUUCCAGUCUACUACUUAAACCAGUACGUAAGGAAUGAAUAGAGUGAUCCAAUCCACCUGUUUUUAAAUAAUCUACUUGUGCAGAUACAAAAUUUAAUAAAACCCACAUAACUUUUAAGCAUAACAUAUAUUUCUCUUUUAAAAUGCGACUCCUCGUCAAUCUUGUUCUCGGUCAUAAGGCCACCGUCCUUGAAACCCCGACCCCCAACGGGUCCACGCAUGAUUGGGAAAUAUAUGUGGGGUCUGGAUCCGACGCAAAUUUGGGAGAAUAUAUUGACCGUGUAUCAUUCAAGUUGCAUGACAAUUAUGAAAAUCCGUUGAGAACUGUGGUGUCACCCCCGUUUCGCAUCAGAGACGUUGGAUAUGCCGGAUUCAUCGUGAAAAUUAAGAUCUACUUCAAGGGGGACGGAGACAUUCAACCUGAACCAGAGUUUACGUACGACCUGUUCCUGCAAGCCGGCGGAGAACCUCUGAGCCAUAGUCGGAGAGAAAAUCUCACCAUAACCACGUCGGAUGUGGAAUUCGAAAGAAUGCUGUUACAUGGAGGUGCUAUAAUUUUGGGGAGUGGGAUUUCAGAUUCCCAAUUGACAGAUCCCAUGGAUGGUGGGCCAGGACUUGGAUCCUUGAACGGUGGUCGAAGAGAUACUUCGCAAUUCUUGGCAAAGAAACGGAAGCUAGACCUGGAUAAGGAAGCAGAGGACGAAUUUGAUACAUUUGGAAAACUUGUGGCCCACAAGUUACGCUACAUCUCUGGUCUGGACAGAUUAAAAGGAACCAGACUUCAAGCAAAAGUCCAAAAAAUACUGUUGGAGGGAGAGAUCGAUGUUUUGGAGGAGAGUCGAAAUUAUCGCUAAAUUAUAUUUCUGUCAGAUUUGUACUUAGAAUUUCCGCUAAGGCUUUUACAUAAUCAUUAUCUACGUUAUUUAUAUUUUUAAUGUAUAUCUUUUUUAUGAGCGAAACAGCUUUGUAUACAUAGUUAAGAUAGAUACGAAUAAAGUUUGAUAUAUUAUUUUAUUAAAAUGAUUAAAA